AUGGCAGUUGGACUGUUCGCCUCGCUCUUCGCAGCGUCACCCACAAGCUCGAGCUCAGAACCAUCCGUGCCGAGUAGAGCGUCCCAUCUCGCAGUGUCAGACUCUGACGCAACUAGCGACGAGAUCGAGCAAUGCAGCCCAGUCACCUCCCAAAACGAUGUGGUCAUAACCGAUGCAGAGCCGAUGGACGCGACAUCAACAUCGGCAGCAAUGACGGUCGUGACAAACACCAAGGAGGCGCAGGACGUGGCGGACGUGGAUAUGCAGCUCUCAUCUCCUCCUAGCUCGCCUCCGCCAACGGCGCCCUCUACCCCGCAACACCGAUCACCUGCAACCUUCUCUGCGGUGCGAACCGUCAAGACGGAGGCGUCCUCGUCCUCGUCCAGCUCAGCACAGACAGCAUCCUCAAAUUCGCCUGACACCGCUUUAGCAUCGGAGUCCUCUCUUGCAGCUGGGCGUCCAGGCCCCAGCUCAACACCGAUGGUGCAACGCGCUUUGCGCCGACGAACCAUGCCGGCACGCCUCUCUCAAGUCUCGUCGCUUCUCGCCGGAUCCAUGCUCGAGGAGGAACUCAUGCUUCUCGAACCGCCAUCUUCGCCGUCCGCAUCCAGCUUCCAUCACAACAGCACUACCGGCUCGACCAGCAAGCUCGAUGGCGCGGUACCUUCGGUGCCAACCGGAAGGCAAGGUCCCGACUCUUCAUCAGAGGCAGGCAUCUUGACAUCUUCGUCCCUUGUCGUCCUUACCUCCGACUCGCGGAUCCUCGCGCGUGCCAUCUUUCCUAACGCGCCAUCUUUGCCCGCAGACACGAUCGUAGUCAAGGCUGAACACGACGACAGCGACCUCGCGCUUUCAGCACCGACGAAGUCGGGAGACCUGGCCUGGUCCCUCCGACCCGUACCGCCAUCCUCGUUUGCAUCGCUUGUGUCGACUCUCGCCAUCAAGCGGCAGCAGCUCAUCGAGACGCCGGAUUUCAAGCAACGAGACGACACGCUCUAUAUGCCUAAAACUCGCGGUCUCCGUUCCGAAGCCGCUGAAGAUACUUCGGAUGCCGCCUACGAGCGCAGACACCGCAAGCCGGAGACGGCCGAAAAACGACAGAGAAAAGCAGAGGUGGAUCGCCUCUCUAAGGACAGACUGAAGCUUCUGACGCGCAUCGACCAGAUCAAGACGGCCGAGGCUCGUUUGCUUCAAUCCAUCGUUGUCGCUCGAGAUCAGGUCCGGUCUGAAGCUAACGGCCAAGCAGAGGCUUCUUUGUCAGAACCGAACAGCAGACCUCUGAGUAAGCGCAUUGAAGACGUCCGAAAGGAACUUCUUGAUGAUGCCUACGAAACGUUGAAGCGCUAUGAUCUGCUAUUGUCGACCACUAGCGACGCCAAGCUCGCCUCGCCCGGACCGGCAGCGUUGUCGAGUAGGACUGAGUCGGCUACAGCGGCUGACGACGUCUCGCGCAGCGAAUCGCCCAGGCUCAAGAUCCGCAUCAAGGGCGGUCGCGCCACCUGGGAGACGGCGGACAGCGCCAGUCCCACAGCCAAGCAGCCGCCAGCGUCGCACGAGAAGAGCGAUCCUUCGAGAAGGGUCAGUGCUCGUCAGCCUAAGCACAGGGUCGAGAGCCUGCCAACACCUCUGACAUCGGCUGCUGUGGACGCGGCCGAGCAUGAUCGGCGCAAGCGACGCCGAUCUUCAGGCGCGAACGACCAAGAGGCUAGCGCUGCUGGAAGAAGGUCAUCUGCAUUCCAGGCCGACGAUACGCCAGCGAAAGGAAUGCGUAGACGCGGCAGCCCUGAGGUGGGGGGCACUUACAAAGGCAAAGCUAUUGACAAGGAGCAAGACGGAGAAAGUACAUCUUCGAGACGGCCGCAGCGCGCUGCUGCCGCUGCCGCUGCAGUAGCUUCCGCUCGACAAGGCCGGUACGCCGAAAGAUCGUUCUCGGACUUUGACUACGACGAUGAGGACGAAGACGAGCAAGUUGAAUCCGUGCUGAAUGGCAGGCACAAUACGUCCCCUCGACGAGCAAGCCACAGCAUACGACGAUCAUCGGUGAAGUCACGCGAACAGAGAUCUCCCUCUGCCUCUUCGACGACGUCUUCGGUAUCGUCCCUCGCGUCUUCGAUCGGCUACAUGUAUCCUACCGUCGCCGAUACGGGCUCCCUCAAGGUGUCGCAGUCCCUAGCAGAGAUACAAGCGUCCGACCCGGAAGCCACAUCGUCCGACUCAGCAUUGACCGCUCUGGAGUCGUCACCCGGCACGAGAAAGAAGCUCAAGCUCGUGCUGUCCCAAUCUCCCUCGGCGAAGGUGGGGCUCGGUAGCGAGGUCAAGAGAGCGCUCAGCGAAGCAUUCGAUUCCAGCGAUAUGGAACAAGAGGUGUCGAAGGGUGAGAAGGGGAGAGCGCUGACCGAGAGCGAAGCGGAGAGCAUCUUGGCUGCCUUUUUGGGCACCACGCCUCUGGGCAAGAAGCCUGCCAACACAGUGCAGAUAGACGAGGAUGCAAAGGCUUCGUCAAGCGGCACAUCGCUGAAAGCAGCAACGAAACUCACAGCUCAAAGCUCGGCAGCAGCUUCCCAGCAACCUAGCAACAACGCUUCGACGCCGUCCAAACGUCGCUCUAGUAGACGCAACACUACGCAAUCCUUUGGAGAGAAGCUACCGGAUCUGCUCACGAAGCAAGCUCCGUUCGAUUUCACCGUCAUGGGCUACUUUAGGUCGAUCGAUAAGCCGAGCAGGAACGAAAGGGCAGAAUGA